UGUUUCCCCUCUCACUUUACUGUCGGGUUGUACGAUGGCUAAUAGACCGACCGGCACUUUGAGGGUUUCCAACAUUCCCAAAACCGCCAUAGCCCAAGACCUCUUCGAUUUCCUCGAAUCCAAAAUCGGCAAAGACUCCAUCUUUGCUUGUGAAAUCAUAACCGACCAUAAAAAUUGGAAAUCUCGAGGCUUUGGCCGGGUUCAGUUCGAAACCCUCGCCGGUAAAUCGGCAGUCGAACUUCUUUCGAAAGAGGGUAAUCUAAUCUUCAAGGGUUCUUCACUAUCUGUAGAAUCUACCGAUGAUGUUAUCUUUCGACCGGUGGAGGCUCUGAACCGGGUUGAAAAUGGGCGUCUGCAUUGUGGGGUAUUGAAGAAAGAUGAUUAUAUGUGUGUUUUGGAGAAUUGGGAGGGGGUUAUAGGUUCGUUUCUUCCUGAGAGAAGGAGUCUUGAAUUCUGGGUGGAGUACGAUGGAAACUCUUAUAAGCUGGAGAUACCUUUUGAUCAUGUUUGGGAGAGCUCUGUUUGCAGGUUGGAUGGUGGAAAAUCAAAUGCAAUUCUCUUUAAGCUCAAGCACGCCCCAAAAAUAUACCAGAAAUUUUCUGGUCCUGGUGUCACAUCAAAGUUCGCUACUGACCGAUACCAUAUUUGCAAGGAAAACGUCGAGUUCCUUUGGAUACGCACAACUGAUUUUUCUGGUCUCAAAUCAAUUGGACAAUCAUCUGUACUUUGUUGGGAAAUUGAUGAGGCAUCAACAACAACUUUGGACAUUUGUAAAUUACCAUAUUUUAAGAAUGAUUUGAAAGACAUAGUUCUCAAGGACAGUAAAGAAUUAGGUUCUACAUCCGUGCUCGUGCCUUUAGUGAAAUCCAAACAGGAAUUCAGAUUAUCAUAUGAAGUCCUUUUCCAGCUCAAUUCCGUAAUUCAAAUGCAAAAGAUAAGCCUUGCUUCUGUAAAUGAUGAUCUCUUUGAAAUCCUCAGCCAUUUAGAAGAGGAAACAGCAGUGACAAUUCUGCGAAAAAUGCAUAAGCUGCAUUCCACUUGUUACGAUCCCGUCUCCUAUAUAGAAAACAGGUCAAGUAUUGUUGAAACAAACGGGAAUAAGAAUCCUUCGUCGAAUUCUAAUACGAUGAAGUGUCAUCGAGUGUUAGUCACGCCUUCAAAGAUUUUCUGCUUGGGACCCGAGCUCGAGAAUUCGAAUUACGUCGUGAAGAAGUUCUCUUCCAAUUCCUCUGAUUUCUUGCGGGUUACGUUUGUAGACGAGGAUUGGAGUAAAAUUCAUGCUUAUGCCAUCUCGACGAAUAUUCAGAAAGGUUUGUUUUCGAAGACUUACCAAACGAAUAUAUAUCAUAGGAUAUUGUCGAUUCUCGGAGAUGGAAUCGUGAUUGGGGAAAAACGAUUCGAGUUUCUCGCAUUCUCGGCAAGCCAACUCCGAAACAAUUCCGUUUGGAUGUUCGCUUCAAACGAGAAGGUGAAAGCGAACGACAUAAGAGAAUGGAUGGGUUGUUUCGAGAAGAUCCAGAGUGUUUCGAAAUGUGCGGCUAGGAUGGGCCAGCUGUUCAGUUCCUCAAGGCAAUCGUUCGAAGUCAUGGCUCAAGAUGUCGAAACCAUUCCUGAUAUCGAAGUUAAGACCGAAGGAGUCAGUUACUGCUUCUCCGAUGGAAUCGGGAAGAUCUCGCACUUGUUCGCUAGGAAAGUCGCUCAGAAAUGCGGGUUAGAACACACGCCUUCCGCUUUCCAAAUUCGAUUUGGCGGUUAUAAAGGAGUGAUAGCGGUUGAUCGUAACUCGUUCAGAAAGCUCUCUCUUCGAAAUAGCAUGCUCAAGUUCGAAUCGAAGAAUCGAAUGCUUAAUAUCACAAAAUGGAGCGAUUCCUUGCCUUGUUACUUGAACAGGGAAAUCAUUACAUUGUUUUCCACAUUGAAUGUGAAAGACGAAUCCUUGCUUGCGAUACAAGAUCGGCAUCUUCGUCUUUUGGAUAGAAUGUUGAAUAGUAGAGAAUCUGCUUUGGAAAUGUUAGAGAGUUUAGGUUUUGGGAAAGACGGUAAGAGUAUUCAGAUGAAAAUGUUGGUUCAUGGGUAUGAACCGAAUAAGGAGCCUUACCUUUCCAUGCUUCUUUCGGCUCUUCACGAUAGCCAAUUGUCGGAAAUGAGAAACAGAUGUAGGUUACAUGUACCGAAAGGGAGGUUACUUGUUGGAUGUUUGGACGAAACGGGUAUUUUGGAAUAUGGACAAGUUUAUGUUCGAAUAACUUUGAAUAAAACCGAGUUGAGAAAUGGAGACAACAAAUACUUUAAGAAACUUGAUGAUGAAACCGCUGUUUUAACAUGUAAGGUUGUUGUCACAAAAAAUCCUUGUCUUCACCCGGGAGAUGUUAGAGUCUUGGAUGCCGUCUUUGAGGUGGGGUUAGAAGAAAAAGGUCUCGUCGAUUGCCUUCUCUUCCCACAAAAUGGAGCGAGGCCGCAUCCUAAUGAGUGUUCAGGUGGAGAUCUCGAUGGUGACUUAUACUUUAUAUCGUGGGAUGAAACUCUUAUCCCACCUGAAACUGUUGCACCGAUGGACUACACUGCACGAAGGCCUCGAAUAAUAGAUCAUCGCGUUUCUAUGGAGGAAAUUCAAAGAUUUUUCAUGGACUACAUGAUCAACGACUCCUUAGGUGCCAUAUCCAAUGCACAUCUAAUCCAUGCGGACCGCGAGCCAAUGAAAGCUUUAAGUCCAAAAUGUCUUGAACUUGCAGACCUCCACUCCAUGGCUGUUGACUUUGCGAAAACCGGGGCACCGGCACAGAUGCCCAAUUAUCUAAAACCGAGAGAAUUCCCUGAUUUCAUGCAAAGAGACGACCGUCCAUCUUACAUAUCCCAAGGUGUCCUUGGAAAACUCUAUCGAGCAACAAAAAGCUCGAAUCUUUGCAAAAGUUGGGGGCCUGUUUGGUCGAAAGAGAUAGCUGAGGCUGCUUACGACCAAUCUAUUGUCGUGAGCGGUUACGAGGAUUUUAUCAAAACAGCGGAAGGCCAUAAGGAGAUGUAUACGGACAGGAUGAGCGCUUUGAUGAACUUUUACGAAGCGGGUAGUGAAGUUGAGAUACUGACUGGCGAUUUGAAGAUGAAAUCGGCUUAUUUGCAGAGGGAUAAUAGGAGGUAUAUAGAGAUGAGGGAUCGGAUUUUAGUAUCGGUUAAGAGUCUAAAUAAGGAGGCGAAAGGGUGGUUUGAAGGCGGUUGCAAGGAAUGGGAACAACUCAAGUUGGCGUCGGCGUGGUAUCAUGUGGCUUAUCAUCCCGAUUAUUGGGAGAGUAGUGCCAAUUGCUUGGGAUUUCCUUGGAUAGUGUGUGAUAUUUUGCUGGAUGUGGAGUAGGUUUAAUGUUAAGCAGUAGUUUAAGGUAUUGGGAAUAAUUUGGAUCAACCUAGUACUGUUUGGUGCUACACUGGUUAGUAACAUUAUCUAUCUUAUUUAGUUUGA